AUGCAAGCGUUUGCUAGUCAAUCGUCUACCCACACAGAUUAAAAAUACAAGGCCCCGAUGUUUUUUCCAAACUGAGACUAACCGGUAAACUAAGUUAAAAAUGUUUGCAUCUGGAACGCAGAAGAACCACUGGAUGUUUACUGGACCGGAGGAGAUUGAUUUGCUUAGACAGGAGGCAAAUGAACGAUUUGUGAAUGAAUUUGGCAAGAACAUGGAUGAAGACCAUAGGAAGGCUCAUUUUUUGUUGCCUGAGGAAGAGAAACUGUUAAUGAGACAUUUCGAGUUCAUCCUGCGUGAAUUCUGCAAGAAAUUCCAGCCAUCCAUGCCCAAAUAUGUACUGGGUACAGCAUUGACAUACUUCAAGCGUUUCUACAUCCACAACUCAUUGAUGGACUUCCAUCCCCGAGACCUGAUGCUCACCUGCGUGUACCUGGCAUGUAAGGUGGAGGAAUUCAACGUUUCCAUUGGCCAGUUUGUGGGAAACUUGAAGGGUGACCGGGAGAAGUUUGCCAACAUUAUCCUCGGGUUUGAGUUGUUGCUCAUGGACAAGUUACAUUAUCACCUCACUGUUCACAACCCUUUCAGACCUCUUGAGGGAUUUCUUAUUGAUCUUAAGACUCGAUAUUUCAAGAACAAAGCUGAAGAUGUAGAGAGAUUACGUAGAAAUGCUGAAGAUUUUGUGGACAGAUCUCUAGCUACAGAAACCUGCUUGUUAUUCUCUCCUUCACAGAUUGCGUUAGCAGGCAUCAUCCACAGUGCUGGAGAGGAGGGCAUCAGCCUAGACAAUUAUGUAACCGGUGUACUGAUGCAAGGAACCACGAAUGAAGAAGUGAAGAAAAUGGCCAGCCAGAUCAAACGCAUAAAGUAUCUCGUUAAAAACCAGCCAUCCUUGCAGCGAGAGCUGAUAGGGCCAGUUCAGAGAAAACUCGAGCCGUGUCGUAAUCAGGCAAAUAACCCUGAAUCAGAAAUCUACAAACGUCGGUUGGAGGAGAUGUUUGAGGAGGAAGAAGAGGAGAGAAGUCGCAAACGUCAGAAACUUAUGGAGGAGGAGCGCGCUGCAGAGAGGGCUCUUAUUGGCAUUCCUUGACUCUACCUGUCAUAACCUGUAGCGGUGAUGAUUGAAAACUUGCCAAAGAGAUUUUGGUGUAUUGACUAACAAUGACAGUCCCCAACAGUUGCAGGGAUUGUGUUUCAUAAUUAAAAGUUUGGCCAAAAUACUAGUAAUUGUUUAUUGGGAUGGACAUCUAGCCUCCAUACUAAACAUGAAUGCUAACCAGAGUAGCUAAAACAAAGAUAGACACAUGAACGCCCUGCCCUGGUCUUCUCUGGGUUGGUUUUUGCCAAAACUGAUUGUUUUGGAUUGAAUGACAGGUUCUGCCUGGACCUUCAGAGGAUAAGUUAGUCUGGACAAGUAUUAUGUUCAAGAUUUGUCAACAAGUUUAAGUUAAUCAAUUGAGUAACAUUUUGAUGAUUAUAGAAUUAUUAUUCUCUUAAAUAUUUCUACAUUGAUUAUUAUUUUGAAAGAAUUUUUACCAUCUAGAGCUAUUUAUUACUAGUAUCACAUUUUCAAUAUUACAGACCAUAUGGAGGUGCAUUUGUUUGGGUCUAUUGUUCUUGGCAAUCUAGCAUAGCUGAAGAUGGCCAGAGAGUGCUAUUCUUUUACAUGCACCAUCAAUUUUCAGUGUAAGAUCUACUGGCAAUUUUAUGUUUGACUUGGCAGAUCUUAAGAUGUAAUAUUUUGUUGCAUGCAUAUGGUUGCAAGUGUGUCUUCUAUUCGGGAUGCUUCCUAUCAUAUAAAUAAAUUGUGUGGAUGAUACAAUAGUAGAUAAAUUGUAUAAAUUAUUUUAUGUAGAAAAAAAUAUAGGAAAUUGAUAGGACUCAAAGAUAAGUGUGUGCGUUAUGGCAUGUUGUGAGAUGCUGUUGUUAUAUGAAAGUGCUUCUGUUUGACAAGCAAUACUUUAUGUGUUCUGUUUAUGUAAACAUGUCCAUUGUUUUGUUUGAAAUAAAAAUACAUGAUUGUA